UAAUCCCGAAUUGAGGUUUUAUAAUAAAAUCCUACUAGCUAAUCCCGAUUGUUUUAGACCUAGUUUGACACUUAUUCGGGAUCGUCGCGUCGGUCAUCGGCGGGAGAGCUCCGCCGUGUAAAUUUCGCUUGCUAUCUUCACUUACUUCCCGCAAUGGUUGUUGCUAUAUCUGUCACUGGACCUGAGAAUGUCCCUCCACAUUUGAAACCUCAAUUCAUAGAAUUGAAGGGUGCGCAGGUUAAGGAACUCUUAGACUCACUAAAGCAUGUACUUGGGACGGAUUUCAAGAGAAGCUUAUUUCCUCUUAUUGACACUCUUUCAGUUGAGAGGGUUCUUGUUGGAACUGGGGGAGCAUGUUGUGAGUCUUUGAUGCCUUUGGCUUUCAGCCUACUCGUUCACCACGUUCGCAGAGAUCUUUCUCUUGCUCAGCUUUUGGAGAAGGGUGAGGUGGGAAAGGAUCAGGUCACUUUUAGGUUGAAACUUGAACUUCCUUUCCAGAUGGUCUUUGAGAAAUGGCGUCUUCUUCUUCCUGAAAUUAUAAUACAGCCUUUAAUUGUGAAGGUUUCUCCUGCUGCUCAGGGGAUGCACUCACAAGCUCUAGCUUCACAAUCAUCUGUUCCGCUGGGUUUUAAAGGAAUGAGAGAAGAUGAGGUCUGGAAAGCCUAUGGUGCUUUAAGGAGUGGUGUCCACUGCUUAGCUCUCUUCAAAGGAAAGGAUGAGGUGAAGGAAAUGCUUAAUUCGUUCUCCGAGUUUCUUGCUAUUAUGGAACCUCUGUAUCUGGUGGACAUGUUCUCUUUAUGCAUGCCAGGGCUUUUUGACAGCCUGAUAUACAAUAAACAACUGGUUCAAAUAUUUGCUGAACUUCGGCAAGUUCCCAAAUUAUACAAGCCAUUUUCAGAUGGUCUGAUUAGCUUACUAGUAAGCAUCAAACUUGAUGUUCUGAAGAAUCCAGAUUAUGGUGCAGCUAAACUAAUUUUGCAUUUGUUUAUAUGCAUCCUUGGGGAUGAUACCAAAACACAAUCUGAUAUCGAAAGAAUAUUACAGCACCACGAGCUUGUUAUUAUGGAAGUUAAAGAUAACAAGCUCGUUAUUAUGUUCACCACGAGCAAUUGCCUAUUUGUCACAUGCAAUUGCUCAGCACUGUGUUCAUAUGUCUCAUUGGAUGUAAAUAUGAACUAUUUUUCAUGGACCUAAUCCCAUGUGUUGGACUGAUACUUACAGAUGUGAGAGAAAAAGUUGCAAAUCCAUACUAUGUUAAAAGUCA